UUUUCAAGCUGUAUAAACAAGUAAAACGUAAAAUUGAUGAAAAUGGAGAAUGAGGGUGUGGUUUCCAUUUCCUUGUCAGAGCAAGCACCCCACCACCACUUCCCAACCAAAAGACAAGCAAACACUGUCUACUUUUCUUUUCUCAGCUUUCUCCUUUCCUUAAAGUACAUCUCUCUCUCCUUUUGUUGUCUGCUCCACAAAAUCUAUGUUGUUGUAGGGUGUGUUAUUCAGUAUUCUUCUCAUGUAAUUCCACUUGCUCCAUGCUUACUCCACUCAUGAUUCCUUACUAUGAAAAUACUUUUAUAUGGUAAAGGCUCCCUCAAAUGCGUGCCAAGUACUAUUCCAAUGCGAUUCACUUCAUUCAUGCAUGGUUCUUCUUGAGGAAAUCCACAUGUUUCUCUGAGGGUGGCAUGUCAUGCACAUAAGUUUUAAAGAACGGUUAAAGGUUGGAUUUUCAGCCACAAGGUUAAGGUUUUUGGACACCCCACGUUCACAUUUGCCACCUUUUUCUGCAAUUUAAAACCUUGAACACAACAUACAAGAUAGGAUCACCACCAUGCCAUUUGGUUUAGUCUCAGCAUGGAACAAGCGUCGAAGAAGCAAAUCUCAAGAUCAUUCAGACCCUUGGAUUUAUAAACCUGCAGAGUUUUGGCAGCUUGAAGAUCAUAUACCACAACCAACAAAAAGGAGGCACAGAUCAUGUGUUUUCACACUCAAGGAGAUGGAAGAGGCAACAUGUUCAUUCAAUGAUGAUAAUCUGCUUGGAAAAGGAGGAUUUGGCAGGGUCUACAGAGGCAAUUUGAAGUCAGGAGAGGUUGUAGCAAUAAAAAAAAUGGAGCUGCCAGCAAUGAAAGCAGCAGAGGGGGAGCGUGAAUUCCGUGUAGAGGUUGACAUAUUAAGCAGACUUGACCACCCAAAUCUUGUUUCUUUGAUAGGAUACUGUGCUGAUGGGAAGCACAGGUUCCUGGUUUAUGAAUAUAUGCAUAAUGGGAACCUGCAACAUCAUUUGAACGGAAUUGGAGAAAGAAAAAUGGAUUGGCCUGUGAGACUCAAAGUGGCACUAGGAGCUGCAAAAGGGCUUGCUUACCUUCAUUCAAGUUCUUGUCUUGGAAUUCCUAUUGUUCAUAGAGAUUUCAAAUCCACCAAUGUUCUUUUAGACGCCAAUUUUGAAGCAAAGAUAUCUGAUUUUGGGCUUGCCAAGCUGAUGCCAGAAGGACAAGAGACACAUGUGACAGUCAGAGUACUUGGUACCUUUGGUUAUUUUGAUCCAGAGUAUACAUCGACAGGAAAACUCACAGUACAAAGUGAUGUGUAUGCUUUUGGGGUUGUUCUUCUAGAGCUUCUCACAGGACGUCCAGCUUUAGAUUUAAACCAGGGUCCAAAUGAUCAAAACCUAGUACUACAGGUGAGGCACUUACUGAAAGAGAGAAAGAAGCUUCGUAAGGUGAUAGAUGCAGAGAUGGCUCGAAAUUCUUACACCAUUGAGUCUAUAUUCAUGUUUGCAAAUCUGGCUUCACGAUGUGUUCAUGCGGAGAGUAAUGAGAGACCUUCAAUGGUAGAUUGUGUCAAAGAAAUCCAAAUGAUUAUCCAUACCAAUUCAAAGGGCUUGGGAAUGGUUAGGCAUAGCUUCAGAAUGGUCUAAUCUAAUCAAAUCAUAUCAUAAAGUUCUUCAAUUCAUGUUAAGAACUCAAAUUAAAAUGCGUUACGAUCAUUGAUUAAGUAUUGGCAUGAUUCUUAGUGACAAUGCCUUUGGGUUAUUUGGAUGAUCAAUCCGUGGCUGACAACGUUAACAUGAACAAACCACUUCACUUGAAAAUCUUCU